AUGGAGAUUGAGCGUGGUGGAGCAGAGGAGGAGUGGUUAGCCGGAAACGACGAUUGGUGCUUUGGAAUCGACACUUUGAAGACAUCAGUUGUGGACAUAGGUAAAGAUCGCGGGAAGUCAACGAAGAAAGGUGAAUCUACCCGAACAGCCGUCAGUGUACCAAAAUCGCCGGAUGCCAAUGCGAAAGUGCCGAAAAAAGCCAGCGCACGCAGUACUGCGAAAGGCCCCGAACAUACAGGAGAAAAAGCGAAGGGAAAGGGAAAGCCGCCAGACGUACCGGCGAAAGAAGUUUGUGAAUUUGAGAAGAAAGCUGCAGAUGAAGGCAUUGUGAUUCAACCUCAACAUGUAAAACACAUGGGGAAUAUUGACGAAAUCGCUCAGGGACGAAAAGAACAAAUAGAAAAAGAAGUUGAACAGAUCAAGUCCGAUAAGGACAAGUCUGCGAUCAACAAGGCGGAGGGAAAGAUGAAGGUUCGUAUAAAUGAGAAAAACUGUGUGCUAUAUGAGACAAAUGAUGCGGCGACGUUAGACGACCAAGAAGACGGUGAAGAUCCCUUGGGAGAUCUGUACUAA